AUGGGUCAUCCAGACGCGACUCCUGGCGCUCCGGAAAUUGUUUCUGCAAACCUAGAUACUCCAAAUGUUGACGAGAAAGCCCCCGAGUUUUUCGAUAAAAAGCCCGCCUCGGAAGAAAUCGACCCUAAUACCGGUGGCCUUGCCGGGGUUGAGAAGAUCGAAGCACUGACGCAAACAUGGACGAAGUCAUGGCUCAUCGCUGCUUACAUCUUGUACGCAACUUGGCUGGCAAAAAUCUGGAUGGUGUUCUUCAUCGACUCUCUCCAACAGCAAAUCUCAAGCUCUCUGCUUCCUUAUGUCGUUAGUGAUUUUGGUCUGCAUGGUCUAAUGGCAGCGACAGGCAUUAUCUCAAAUAUCGUCGGCGGUGUAAGCAAGUUACCGCUCGCUCGUGUCCUUGAUGUCAUUGGCCGUACCACUGGACUUUGUAUUAUGCUGUCUUUCGUUGUUGUUUGUUAG